AUGUCGCAGACUGAAGAGCACCAUCUCCUUCGGCAGUGCCCUGCUACAUGCGAGGGUACAAGCGUUAGCCAACAAGAGGUAUCCCAUCGUUCGCUCGGGUUCGCGGUGUCACUUAUUGCAAGAUGCUACAGAUUAACCACGGAGAAGGAAGCGUUGCUAGUAGUGCCAGGUUCAAUGAUCGAGAACGCGGCAUGGGAGAACAAUCACACUGUGUAUGCGAACCAAACGAUCAACUCACUCAAUAAUCACAACGUCUCUGUGGCUGGCAAUCUAGGUCGGGAUUCGUCACGUCUGUACAUCUCGAUUCUACGUAUUGACGCCAUCCCACACGCAGCGCCUGGACCCAACAGUGUUUUUCUACCAUAUCCGGUUGAUCAAAUCACCUUAGGGGGCACUGCGGGUCGUGGUGCAAACAUGCUUCAAGACGGACCCUUCUCGGCGCAUCCUGUGGAUCAAAUCUGA